UGCCUUAUAAAAUGCAUUCUUGAAAAUUAUAUAAAAAUUGUAUACUUUACAAUUCAAAAUAGAAUUUUCGACUAGUAUGAAAUACAGACGUGCCAACCCUCCGGCUUUUGGCCGGAGACUCCGGGUUUUUGAAAGUUAUUUCCUCCUCCGGGAUUUUCUCGAAAAUCUCCGCUUUUAUCACGCUGAACGAAAUUUUCUUCCAUAUCCGUCUCAAUUGCGUCACCACUCUGGCCACGCCCAGCUCUGACGCAAUUCAGAGCUGGGCGUGGCCUGAGUGGUGACGUUCAUCGGCCAAUCAAGAGCGCUAUUUCACCUUUCCUUUCUGCGUCUGCUAUUAGUAGAAUAAGUGCUGAGUCAGGCUGCUCUUUGUGAAAACUGCUUUGCGAUUGGCUGCUUUUGGAAGCAAGAGAGUUCGCUGUAUACACUGAGAAAUUAUUUUCGGAUCUCUUUCGUUGUACUGUGAAGUGAAGAGAAGUCAAUAUCAGCAACUUGGAAUCGGAGUUUGUUUUUAUGCACGAGCGUUGAUUUUUAUGACUUCUUAAGUCAGUUUUCUGCGUGGAUAUAUAUUAUGGCGGCGAAAAAAGUUAAUAAGAAGUAUUUAACUUCUUUUAACCAAUCGUAUUCGGAAGAAUUUCCAGGAAUCAUUCCUUCUAAAAAAGGAUCAAAUUAUGCCUUCUGCACGUUUUGUUCAGUGGAUUUUUCAAUAAUGCAUAAAGGCAAAGGCGACAUAUCCGCUCAUGUUUCGAGACAGAAACAUGUCGAUAAUCAGAGGAUACGCACAGAGAAUAAAAAAAUUGAUUUUUCUGUGAAAAAAAAUGAUAAUUCUGCAAUCCGCGCAGAGGCGCUCUUCACAUCAUUUAUUGUGGAACAUAAUAUUCCCAUCAAUGUUGCCGACCAUGUUGGUCCCCUAAUGCGGAAUAUGUUCCCAGACAGCAAGAUUGCCAAGGAGUAUAGCUGUGCGAGAACAAAAACAACAGCGAUUGUUGGAGAAAUGGCAAGAUCCAACAAAUUGGAAAUUACUAAUCUGCUAAAAAGCAACGUGUUUUCCAUUUCUACUGAUGGAAGCAACAAGGGUGACAGCAAAUUGUUUCCAAUUGUUGCUACUUUCUAUGAUGAGAAGAAAACACUGAUUGACUCAUGUUUGAUAUCUGUGCCUGCUUUGGAGGGAGAUGCCACUGGUGUAAAUAUAUCUAAACUCAUUUUAGAUACUUUGACUUCUAAUGAAAUACCUUUAGCAAAUUGCUUAGCUUUAGGUGUGGAUAAUGCUCCUGUGAUGACAGGGAAAAAAAAUGGAGUGGCAGGAAUGCUUACUAAAGACAUUCCAGACUUAUUUGUGCAAGGAUGCUUAUGCCAUCUUUUAAAUUUGGCAGCUGAAAAAGGGGCAAAGUGCUUGCCAAUAAAUAUCGAAGAAUAUAUUGUGGAUAUAUUUUUUUAUUUGGAAAAAAGUGUUAAGCGCAAGGAGCGUCUUAAGAAAUUCCAAGAAUUACAUAGUACGGAGGUACGUAAAAUAUUGAAACAUGUAGGUACUCGAUGGUUAUCUGUUGGACGUUGUCUGUCCAGAGUUUUACAGCAAUGGGAGCCGCUAACUUCUUUUUUUAAAGAAGAAGUGAAGAGCACUCCAAGUGUUGCCCUUCCCAAUUAUGUCAUUCCAAAGAAGAAGAGUAACCUCUCUCACAAUGAAGCAAGAAAGAUAAUAAAAAAAAGAGAAGAUGACAACGUUAUGCCUCCUCCAUCAAAAAAACCAAAGGUAGAGGACUUUUCAGCAAAGAAUGAAAUUCUUUCCAGAGAAGAAAGAAUCUUCAUGUUUUUGUCUUCAGACCUAAAUAAAGCCUUUGUACACUUCUUGCUAUUUAUAGUUCCUCUAUUUGAAAACCUAAAUUUGCAAUUGCAGAGUAACAUUCCCAAAAUUCAUGUCAUGGGGCAGUUAAUGAAUAACCUUUUCAAGGAUAUUUUAUCUAAAUUUAUGCUACCCAAUAUAGUAAAAAGUCAAUCCAAAAGCUCUUUAUUGGAUGUCAACUUUUAUCUUCGAGAGAACCAGAAAGAUGAUUGUGACCUAGUAAUUGGACAUUCCACUUUAACUAUUGUUGAGACUUUGAAAGGAAAAGACAAAGAUUCUUUUUAUUGCGAUGUUAGGAAAUAUUUUGUAAAGGUUUGUGACUACAUGCGACAAAAAUUUCCUUAUAAUGAUGAGGUCGUUAUUAAUGCAGAAGUUGCAAAUCUAGACAAUGUGGAAACUACAUCUUUUUCCAGCAUUAGAUUUUUUAUUAAUAGAUUUCCUCAGUUGUUGCAAAUCUUAGGGGGUGAUAAAGAUUCAGUGUUGGACAGUUUGCAGUCCCAAUUUAGCUCUUUGCAACUAGAAUCUAUUGAUUGUGUUCAGUCUGAAGAGCGGAUGGAUUCUAAAUGGGCAAAAUUAUCUGUUGUAUUUGAAAAUAAAUAUGCUAUGUUGUCUAAAUUUAUGCUAUCAAUUUUGGCAAUUCCCCAUAGCAAUGCUGAGUGUGAGCGCAUUUUCAGUUUAGUAACCAAAGCUCACACACAGUUUAGAUCUUCAAUGUCAGUAAAAAACUUGGAAAACUUAAUCACUGUUAAAUCUAGAAUUUCUGAACCCUGUUAUAAGCAGAAGUUUGAUGAUGAAUUUUUUAAAAGAGCUAAAACAGCCAUUGUCAAUCAUAAUAAUAAUUAAAAUUUUUUUUAUUAGUUUUCAUUUUAU